UUUGCCCUAAAGGCAUGAGCUCAUUUGAAUGCAUGUUUCAGGAGUGGGCAGACGUGGAGGGAAGUGCAUGUGGAUUCCCAGCUGAUGUUUGUGAGGAAUAAUCGCACCUGCCUUCGAAAUACAGUGAGCAGCAUAAGGCAUUGGACUGUUCAGAGGUGCGAUCUCCUUGUCAGCUACGGAAUGUUUUUUUUGUCCUUUCAGCACCCACAUGUGAAUCUUGCUGCUUCUGGGCUGUGUGCAUAUUCUAAGGGAUCUGCCUCCAGCUUAACACUCCUUCACAGUAUCCUGUUUCGGAGAUCUGGCUUCUGCUCACACAGCUCAGCUGUCUCCUGGAGGUGUGUUUGCUCAUUCCUUCUUCCGCAAAUUUGAACUGCUUCUACUCCCAUUGUAGUAGUAAGCCAUUUUAGUGAGCCAUUGCUGGAAGACUGCGAGGAUGUAAUUAAACUGCUGAAUGGGCAACAAGGUAAAGAAUGUGUACUUAAAAAGACUGCUGGAAAGCACAACCUUCAACAUUAAUCAGCAGGAGCGAUUUAUAGGUGAAGGCACUACUUAGAGCCGGAAUAUUCUGUUAACAGCAGACGAAUCUCUGCGAAUUGUUGAUUACAGGUCGGGACCGUCACUUCAAUCAGCAUCUCCAAUGAUGGUGCCAACUGCAGCAGCGUAAAUGUCCAAAAGCUUACCGAUGGAGGCAUACAACAGUUAUGGCUAUCUGUAGCUUGAGUAGUAAGAGUUGCACUCCUACCUGUCUUCAAAUAGGAAGGCAUGCCACAAACAUUGACCUCUUCAAGUAUGUUUAAUACCAGUGGCUUUAGCCAUCAACUUCACCCAACCAAAGAAAAUGAACAUGGAAGAUUGAUAUUUCAGGAUGGUAACCUUAUCUCUGCAUCUUUAGACGCUUUGAUUGAGCAUCUCAUCCCUACAGUUGAUUAUUAUCCUGAAAAAGCAUAUAUAUUUACAUUUCUACUAAGUUCAAGAUUAUUCAUCGAACCCCAGGAGCUUUUAUCAAAAGUUUGUCACAUGUGCAUUGAGCAGCAAAAUCUUGAUGAGCCAGAGCUUGACAAGGCGAGAAUUAGAAAAUUUGGACCUAAGAUAAUGCAGCUGCUGACAGAAUGGACAGAAACUUUCCCUUCAGAUUUUCGGGAUGAGAGAAUGAUUGGACACCUGAAGGACAUGAUCCGUAGGAUAGCUUCUUGUGAUGAGAGUUAUUGGAAGACAAUGAAUCAGCUUUUGCAAACCCUGAACCAAAAAUUGGCAAAUCUAAAUCAAGGUGAAGAAAAUACAGUCAAGGUUAAUGCCAGCAUGAAUGAUAAAUUGGUUGUUAUUAAAACAAAGCCUCCAUCUAUUCAAAGAGAUAUACUGAGUAUCUGCAAUGACCCUUAUACACUGGCACAACAGCUAACUCGUAUAGAACUGGAACGAUUGAGUCUUAUCGGGCCUGAAGAGUUUGUGCAAGCAUUUGUACAUAAAGAUGCUUUAGAAGACACAAAGUCUUGUUUCAAUGAACAAAAGAAAACGGACAAUCUUGAAGCUUAUGUUAAAUGGUUCAACAGACUCUGCUAUUUGGUAGCUACUGAAAUAUGCAUGCCUGCAAAGAAGAAACACAGAGCACAAGUAAUAGAAUUUUUUAUUGAUGUUGCUCGAGAGUGCUUUAAUAUUGGCAACUUCAAUUCCCUAAUGGCAAUUAUAUCUGGUAUGAAUAUGAGCCCUGUUUCACGGCUAAAGAAGACAUGGGGCAAAGUUAAGACAGCUAAAUUUUUCAUUCUUGAGCAUCAAAUGGAUCCUACAGGUAACUUCUACAACUAUAGGACAGCACUUCGUGGGGCAGCUCAUCGGUCACUGACUGCACACAGUAACCAAGAAAAGAUUGUUAUUCCAUUUUUCAGCCUACUGAUAAAAGACAUUUACUUUUUAAAUGAGGGUUGUGCAAACCGUCUUCCUAAUGGACACGUCAAUUUUGAGAAAUUUUUAGAACUGGCCAAACAAGUAGGAGAAUUUAUGAUGUGGAAGCAGGUGACAUGUCCUUUUGAAGAUGAUCAAAAUAUCAUCCAUUAUCUUCACACUGCUCCAGUCUUCUCCGAGGAUGGCUUGUAUUUGGCAUCAUAUGAAAGUGAAAGUCCUGAAAAUCAGGUUGAAAAGGAAAGAUGGAAAGCUUUAAGAUCAACUCUCUUGGGAAAAUCAUGAUGAUAUGAAAGUGGAAUGAUUCCUUUCUUCCAGUAGUAUAGCUUGCACUAUUGACUUCAUAGACCAGCAAAGACCUGGGUUUUAUCAACUUUGAUGAGCAGGAUUCAUCAAUUGAAAUCAUGCUGACGCAGAGAGAAAAAUUCCCCCAUUGCAACUCCUCUUUGAGCAAAAGCAGUAUUUAAGUUGUGCAGAUGCUCUUAACGGAAAACGGGAUAAUACUGAAUUUAUAGAAGAAACUGAAAACAGAAAUAUUUCAGUUACAAGUCUGUCAUUUAGUCAAAACAACAGCCUGCACGCAGAAAUCUUUUUGUCUCAAUAAACUCUAUGUCAGUAAAUAUUCUUUUUUAUAAUCUGGGCACUGGAUUGCUCGUGUUUUAAACUCUACUUGAAUUGGGUUUGAAUAUAUGAGCUAUGUGCAAGAAGCAGUGGGUUCACUGUGCUCUUUAUCUCAACUGGAACGGAACAGUUCCAUAUGUGGGGAGAUUCUACUAGACUGAUAUUCAGUUGUGUACAUUACUUGGUAACUCUACUGUGUUGUAAUGUUUUACUUGGUGCGUACAUGACCUGAUCAUAUGCAUGUAGUUAAAAUGUCUCAUUUAAAAAGUUUGAAUAAUUGUAUCAUUUUUAAUCUUGCUUGUUUAGCAAGACAAGAUGAAACAAUUCAUCACUAACGCUGAUAAAACAAUAAAACAUGCACAAUGUAUAUACAAAUCUGAUCAAGUUCUAUGCUAUUUCACUUGUGGAAAAAAACUAUAAGAUAUCAUUUAUCAGUAAGCCAAAUACACAUUACAAUCACUGUUUAAUACAACACAUUUAAGUCUGAUUAUAAUAGGUCAUGGAGACUUAACUGACUGCAAUUACAUAAUGUCUGUAAAAUUUCCAUAAACUUAUUAUACUCUCUGGGAUCUAAAUGGGACAAGCAUGUCAUGUGAUAUUUUUUAAUUAUAAUUUUCACAUCUACCAAACAAUGAAAUUCUGAUGAGUAGUGUUGACUGCCAUCUGAACAAACACGUUCAUAAAGAAUAUUACAAAAAAAAGUCUGCUAUGUAUGAUUAUACUACAGUGUUACUUAAAUAUCCAGGAAUUAAAGCCAGUCAUAAUAAACUUUGUAGUGUGUAUAUAUAUA